AUGGCUAGCCAAUACAGAUGUCUCUCCUGCACGAGCCUCCAGCAGGUGAUCGAUUACGCAGCCAAAUACUGCUCCAAGUCAGAAAAGAAGAUUGCUGAACGGGAUUACUCGAAGCAGGAGGUUAGCCACUUACUCCUCGGCCUGCCGUUACAGGAGGGCUCACGAAUAUGCCUAUACAUUGACUGCCGUCAUCCUGACAGACAUUCCCGCUCCCUACGCAUUGACGGCGAUGAGGUUGACGAGGCCCCCAACGUCUACGAAAAGUACAGUCAGCGCCCGGAAGCCCUGAAGGACCUGACCUACGUUUCCUUCCUCAAACACUGGAAUUUCCGCUCUAGAGACCCUUCCGCAUGGAAGCAAUGGCGGCCAGGUAACGUCAACGGCAGGCCCCGCCAGCAAUGGCCAGAUUAUUGCCGUGCCUUCUCCUAUUGUUGGCAGCAUCACAAUCAUGGUGAUGACCAUUACGGCCAGCCAAAAGAGGCUCGAUUACAGCCUCAAGAUGAUCAAUAUGAGGCUCUGCCUGUGGGGGAAGAAUUUGAUGACGAAGACUGGAUUCGCCUCGCUGCCCUUUACCUGACCACCCUUACCCAGGAAGAUCUUGACCUUCUUGGCCGCCGCGAUAUCGACGUCCAUUACGACUGGACACGGCAUGUGGGUACAUAUCCGGAACUUCGAGAUGGCUACUGGAAGGACCUUAUCGCUAGCCACCCCAUGGCCAACGAUGUGGAGGUCCUUGGCCCUCACUGGCGUAAUACGCUGAAUACGCAACAACGGCUCGUGUACGACACAUUCAUGGGCCACUUCCAGGCGCGAAAUCCCACCCAAAUCCUUCUCCACGUUGAUGGUGGUGGUGGCACCGGCAAGUCGUUCCUUAUCAAGGUGCUUUCCUCCCAUCUUCAGGCGGCCGCUCUACCGAAUCCUAGCCCUAUUUGCCGCGUAGCGCCAACAGGCGUUGCGAGUAACCAGAUACAGGGCAGCACCAUUCAUUCAUUGCUACGCCUCCCAGUAGGUGGUGCUUUUACCGACCUUCCCCCAGCCGACGCAGCCGCCCUUCAGUCCCGCCUACGGCACGUCAAAUACCUCGUUAUCGAUGAAAAGAGCAUGCUGGGGAUUGAGCAGCUCGCGCGGAUCGAUUCCCGUCUGCGACAGGCCUUACCACAGCGUAGCCUCGAGUUCUUUGGUGGUCGCCAGGCUGGUGAUGAUCAGGCUCAGUUCCGUCGGGCGUUGCAGGAACUGCGUGAAGUCAAGUUAUCCAUACCGUCCUGGAACCUCCUUAGCAGUCGGGCCCGGGUCAACGAAUACAAUUACGAGCAUAUGGUGCAUCUCAACGCCCCGGCAAUACAGGUGGAGGCAAAGAAUCAGGGCAAGGGCGCGGGGCAGGCACCAAGCCACAAUGCUGGCAAUCUAUCUAACAAGUUCCCUGUUGCUAAGGGCGCCAGGGUAAUGCUCACUACUAACCUAUGGCAGCCAGCUGGCCUAGUUAACGGCGCCCAGGUGGACUUUGAUAGCUACGACGGACCGCCAUAUCUAACAACUAACGAGGGCAUGAAAAUCUCACCCAUCCUCCCAAGCCUAACGAAGGAGCAAAUAGUUACUGAUCUCGCUACACGCGACUUCCAGGCCGGUAUUAGCUAUGUUGCUGUGUCACGGGUUACGUCGCUGCAAGGCUUACUCCUUGAGGCGCCUUUCGAUCGUCAGAGCCUCUAUAACCACACGCCGACGGAAGGGAUGAAGAUGCGCCUCGCUGACCAACAACGGCGUCAGGGUCAACAGCUGAGCGAUGCACCGUAUCCACCACUCUACCUUGACUAA